CCAGAAUCUAGUUUUUCCAAGCAGCACUUUCCAGUCCACAUCAUGGCACGCGCCUUCAUUCUUCUCAGUCUUCUGGGGCUGAUUCUUACGGUAUUUGUGCAGCCUGGACUCUCCCAGAUAUCACAAUCCGAAACCACUACCAACAGCGCCGCUUCUACCACUCAAGAGGCAACUCAAGAGCCAAUGAUAACCACUGAAGCCCCCACUACAAGAGACGAUUCUUCAUCAACAGUAGCUGACGAUUCAACAUCAACAACCUCAGACGAUUCAACAUCAACAACUACAGACGAUUCAAUAGCAGGCUCAACAGAAACUACAACGCAAACUCCGAUGGUAGCCUGUGUUAGAUUCUGCAGUAUUUUUGGGUUUUUACAGACGAUUUGCCAGCUAAUAUGCAAUGUAAUUAUCUAAAAGAAACCAAAUAACGGCAAUAUAUAAAAAUAAUUGUAUUCAUAAAUGAAUCGAGGGCAAUUUUAGUCUUGAAAAUGUACGAAUUUUGCAAUAAAAAUAAUCUAGACUAUUUCUGUUUCUUCGUGAAAGCCUACGAUACUAUAUAAUUUGUGUUUCGUUUGCUCCAAUAGUGCUGCAAAAUGUGAAGUGUACCAACAC